AUGAGCUCAAACUCGGGAGCAUCUCAAGAGGACAUCGCCACCGCUCAGGGAGCAGUUCUCGUGAAAUCAUGCCAAGUACCCGAUGGAUCAAUUCCUAUUCGAGGCUUCGAUUUCAACACACCCGAUUUCUCGUUAUCCGGAAUACUAGCGUCGUACAUGAGUACAGGGUUCCAGGCGUCGCACUUAGCUCAAGCCAUUCAACAAGUUAAUCAAAUGUUGACACUUCGUGAAGUUCCGUUAGAAUGUGAUGAAGAUGAAAAGAAGUUACCGUAUCCAGAAGGACGAGACAAGAGAUCGUGUACAAUAUUUCUAGGAUACACAUCGAAUUUAGUGACAAGUGGUCUUCGAGAAGUCAUUCGAUUCUGUGUUCAACACGAUCUUGUCGAUUGUAUUGUUACAUCUGCGGGUGGCAUUGAAGAGGAUUUGAUUAAAUGUCUCAAGCCAUCUUAUCUUGGAGCAUUUACAAUGGAUGGAAAAACUUUAAGAUCGAAUGGAAUGAAUCGUGCUGGAAAUGUUCUGAUUCCAAACGAUAAUUAUUGUGCAUUCGAGGACUGGCUAAAUCCGAUCCUUGAUGAGUGUCUCGAGAAACAACAAAAGGAGAACUUCAAUUGGACGCCGUCAAAACUGAUUCAAGUUUUGGGAGAACGAAUCAAUGACGAAUCUUCUAUUCUCUACUGGGCUGCUAAACAUAAAAUUCCCGUUUUUUGUCCGGCACUGACCGAUGGAUCUUUAGGAGAUAUGUUAUAUUUCCAUUCUGUAAAAAGUGCACCAGGAUUGCGAGUGGAUAUCGUUGAAGACGUACGACACAUCAACACUAUUGCCGUAAAAAGUCUCAAAACUGGCUCCAUUAUCCUGGGAGGAGGUUUUGUCAAGCAUCACAUCAACAACGCGAAUCUGAUGAGAAACGGUUCCGACCACACUGUCUACAUCAAUACCGGUCAGGAAUUCGAUGGAUCCGAUUCUGGAGCUCAGCCCGAUGAAGCUGUCAGCUGGGGAAAAGUGAAACCGUCGGCUGGCGCAGUGAAAGUACACGCAGAAGCCACGCUGGUCUUCCCACUGCUGGUCUCUGAAACAUUCGCCAAACAUGUGCAUCGGAAGAAUUAA